CGCUGGACAUUUUAAAGCCGGCAUCCGCAGCUGUAGCCAUUUACCACCCGUCAGCCGUACCUAGGACAGCGAAAACCCUUUAACCCCUGCUGGAAAACAUCGAGGCUCGGAGCUGCCCCGGGCUGCUGAGCCAGCAGGCGUGCAGCGGGAGCCCCCGGUGCCGCCUCGCCCAUCGCAGCGAUGCUGCGAGCGUGCCCGCUCCCCGGGGAGCGUGGCCAAGAGCCGCGGGGCUGCGCGUCCACCCGCGCCAACGCCGUGCCCACGCCGUGCCCGCCGGGGCGCAGGGAGAUGGAGCUGCCCCGGGAGUGAUGCUGCUCGCGGGAGCCCAUGUGAUGCUGGGCUAGCGCGGCUCCUCCAUCGUCCCCCUCCGCUCGCAGGCUGUCAUGGCGACUCCCAAUAAUGUCACUCCCACCAACUGCAGCUGGUGGCCCAUCUCGGCUCUGGAGAACGACACGGGGAAAGGCAAGGAGGGGGAGGAAAAUCAGGAUCCGACAGAUCCCGCUCUCAAAGCCCAGGACAGGCUGGUUUUGUACCACUGGACCCAGUCCUUCAGCUCCCAAAAGGUGCGGCUGGUCAUCGCGGAGAAGGGGCUGCCCUGCGAGGAGCGGGACGUCAGCAUGCCCCUGCUGGAGCACAAGGAGCCCUGGUUCAUGCGGCUCAACCUGGGGGAGGAGGUGCCCGUCAUCAUCCACAGGGACAACAUCAUCAGCGACUACAACCAGAUCAUCGACUACAUGGAGAAGAACUUCACGGGAGACAACGUCCCCCAGCUGAUCCCCGAGCCCGGGACCCCGCUGCACUCGCGGGUGCUGCAGUACCGGGAGCUGCUGGACUCGCUGCCCAUGGACGCCUACACGCACGGCUGCAUCCUGCACCCCGAGCUCACCACCGACUCCAUGAUCCCAAAGUACGCGACCGCUGAGAUCCGCAGACACUUGGCUAACGCCAGCACGGAGCUGAUGAAGCUGGACCACGAGGAGGAGCCGCCGCUGACGGAGCCGUACCUCUCCAAGCAGAAGAAGCUCAUGGCCAAGAUCCUGGAGCACGACAACGUGAACUACUUGAAGAAAAUCCUGGGCGAGCUGGGAAUGGUGCUGGACCAGAUCGAGGCCGAGCUGGAGAAGAGGAAGCUGGAGUACCAAGGGCAGAAGUGUGAGCUUUGGCUCUGUGGCUGUGUCUUCACCUUGGCUGACGUCUUAUUAGGGGCUACCCUGCAUCGCCUCAAGUUUCUAGGACUCUCUAAGAAAUACUGGGAAGACGGCAGCAGACCUAACCUACAGUCCUUCUUCGACAGGAUACAGAAACGCUUUGCCUUCAGGAAAGUCUUGGGAGACAUACACACCACGCUCCUCUCGGCGGUGGUACCCAACGCCUUCCGGCUGGUCAAGCGGAAACCCCCCUCCUUCUUCGGAGCCUCCUUCCUGAUGGGAUCGCUGGGGGGAAUGGGAUAUUUUGCUUAUUGGUACUUAAAGAAAAAAUACAUCUAAUGCUGGCUGCUUGGUGUUUAGUUUGGUGUCUCUGUGCUGUGUGAAAUUAUGAUGAAGCCUCAGUAACUGUAAUGAAAUUUGAAGCAAGGUAUGACUAAUUAUAUUGUUUAAUGUAACAUUCCAUAGUCUAGAAGUAGAAAAGUAUACUGCAAGGAAAUAAGACAACAACAACAACAAAAGCAUCAACUUGUAAAUGCCUUUUUUAGGGUUAACUAUUCAAUGCCAGCGAGAGGCUCAGGGGGUCACUGGGCUCCCCGUGCCCGCCGGGAAGUGCCGCCGGUGCAGGCCAGCUCCACUGGGCGAGACGGGAACCCCGAGAAGUUUCCCAAAUUGAACCACAGGACUUGGACACUGGGUCCUCGAUGUCUGUUUCCAAAGUGUUCACCGGCCACAUCUCACAUGUGUAACUAGUGGGGACUUUCUUCUUCUAGAAGCCAUUCUGUCAUGCUCGGAGGCUUUCCUGAGAGCAGGGUGCAGCAGCUGGUCACGGUCAAGGUGGAUUUGCAUUCUUCAAUUUACCAUUUUUUAAAUUAUUUUCGUUAAAAAUAAUAUUUUUUAUUGAGCUACUCUUAGCAUCUAUCCACUUUCUACGUCUGGUUUUGGUGGACUUUUUUUUAGAAAAGAAUUUCAUGUCUGUCUUUAACCGCCACACUUUUCCUUUAUGAGAUAAAUCAUUUUGACUUCCACCCUGAAUUUUGGCACAUGAAGGGAAUUAUUGUUUUAGCCUUUUGGCUCGGUCUUGAGUUUUCUUUCGUGGAUUUUCAAAGUAUCUCUCACCGCCUGAGCAUACCGGGACUCUGAAAAAGUACUACCAUUUUCCAAACUUUCAGGACUUCUCUGAAGACACUUUGGCCUUCUCUUCCGUUGGGGGCUCUUUUCUGUCAUUUCCUCGCUGUGUGUUUUCUUAGAGACACUUUGCACAGAAUCACGUUUAUGACUUUCUUGUGCCUUUUGCAUGUUGGAAAGAAUAACAGGCCUCACUGCUACUCGUGCUUUGAAACUGAGAUCCUCAAUAAACCGUAUGGGAGGAGUAACUGCUUCCCCUUCCUAAA